AUGGAGAUAAACCUGACAAAAAUUGUGAGCACACUGUUCCUCAGUUUCAUGUUCUACAACUUUUUUCAACUUUAUAAGCUUUUCACUCCGGAGUUAUGUACAGAUCAGGAUUCUGACGAAUUGUGCUAUUCGCCAAUUGUUCAACCCAACCACGAAGGAUUGUACGAUUUACUACAGCUUCGAGUCUAUUUUUCAACGAAAAGAGAUGCAUUGGAGACACUUAUCACGACUGUUGAAAACUUGCAAGUUGCCGAUGCCUUCCAGAAAGAUCUUCAAGUGAAGAUUCCGUCUUCGGUUGCUAAAGAUGGCUACCUAUAUGCACAUACAAUUUUACUUCCACAUAAAUUUGAUGGUCGUAAUCCGAUGCAAGCUUCAUGGAAAGUGCACGUAGCGGCUCCUAUGGUAGUUUUUCAAGAGCCAGUGGCCAAGACUUUCCAACUCUUAGGAGAUGAAGAAGUCAAAGAAAAAGUCGAUGAAAAACCGAAAAAGUCCAAGUCAAAAGUUGUUGAACUGGCCGCACAUUUCCGAACAAUUCUGCCGGUACGAAUUGUAUCUGAACCGAACCGAUACGUAAAGACCAAAGUCAGUGGAGAAUUGGCUGACUUUCUGACGAUUCAACGGCAGGAUAAAAAAGAAGGAUACCUUCCAAUCAUGUUUGUGGAUGAAAUGAGUAUGAGAAGCAAGCAUCUCUAUGAACUCGCCGACUUCCAAAAGUCUGUAAACUUGACCAUUAACUACGAACCAACAAGCGUUGCCAAGCUGCUUCUGCUCACCUCAACAGCUCGUUCGACCCACCAGCUCAUGAAACAUGGAUUUAAAGAUAAGGAUGUUGAUGAGCUUCGUGGACUUUUCACUGAAACCUCAAUUGUUCUUUUGAUGGUUACUUUCUUCGUAUCUACAUUACAUUUGCUAUUUGAUGCAUUAGCUUUCAAAAAUGAUAUUUCAUUUUGGAAGGGAAGAAAAUCAAUGGUCGGACUAUCUACAAAAACUCUCCUAUGGCGAUGCUUCUCUCAAACAAUAAUUUUCUUCUAUCUUUUCGAUCAACAAACAUCAUUACUUGUUCUGAUUCCUGCUGGAAUUGCUACAGUAAUCGAAUACUGGAAAGUCACCAUAGCCUACAAAGUUACAAUAACUUGGAAAGGAAUCAAAUUCGGAAAACACUCAACAGAAGAAGACGAAACUGAUUCCAUCGACUCGCAAGCCAUGAAGUACCUGUCGAUUCUUUUAGUUCCACUUGUUAUUGGUGGAGCUAUCUAUAGCUUACUUUACGUUCCUCAUAAAUCAUGGCGAUCAUGGAUUCUGGAAACAUCUGCUAAUGGAGUUUAUGCUUUUGGCUUCUUGUUUAUGUUACCACAAUUGUUUGUCAAUUACAAGUUAAAGAGUGUGGCACAUCUUCCAUGGAGAGCUUUCAUGUACAAGGCAUUCAAUACGUUUAUUGAUGACUUGUUUGCAUUUGUCAUAACCAUGCCAACUGCUCAUCGUAUGGCCUGCUUCAGAGACGAUAUUGUGUUCCUUGUAUAUCUCUACCAAAGAUGGCUGUAUCCAGUUGAUUACACCAGAAUCAACGAAUUCGGAGAAGGUGGUGAUGAGAAAGAAAAGAAAAACAAAGAGAAGCUGGAGCCUGAAGUUGAAGAGAAGAGCAAUACCACAGAACAAGAUGAAUCGGGAACCAUCAAGCGGAGAACUGCUAGAAAAACCUAAAAUAGUCUCAGAUUUUAAAGUAUUAAAACCAUCUAGACUUUAACUGUAACCGUAACUUAUACAGUCUUUUUAAAACCAAAAUUUCUACAAACUUGUUUUUAUUUUAAUAAUUAUAAUGUGUUUAUUUAUUUGUUUGCCAUUACUGGUUCAAUUUGUUGUUCGUGUGAUUUCUGCUGAAUUGGAAGCCUCGCUUCCCUCAAUAAACGAAGUAGAUC